GCCACAGCGGACCGUCUCUCACAACAAAGAAGACCCAUUAAAUUACGUUUCUUUAAUAAGGCGUUCAAAACUCUUAAACACUCGCGUUUUUGAAGUACAGAUAUAUAUAUAUAUAUAUGUAUAUAAAAGCGUAAAGUAAAAGCUAAUGGGAUUUUAAGCGCGCGCCCGCAGUGUCGCGGGAGCGAGCCACGCCGCCGGCCAAAAAGCGGUUCUGCUUUUAUCCUCCGACUCAAAGCAUCCUGACUUCAUUCAUUGCAGAGAUCACACGACAUCUCCGCGUAUCCACUGGGACCGCGUUUAUAUCGCCAAGCUCGUAUCGUUAAACAUAGUUGUGAAGAUGCAGCUCGUUUGCAAACGCGUCGCCGAGGGCGUUUUAGAGGAAAAGUCAGUGUUUCAGAGACUUGCGCGCUUUUAUCCCCUUUCCCAUUAGAGUUAACGCACGGGCCUACAUGCAUCCUCAUGGAAAACAUGUCUUUAAUUUCCAAAAGAAUUGAACGAGAAAAUGAAGAACAUAGUCGGAAGGGAUUAAGGAACGUUGCCUCCUCUUUUUAAAGCGCUCACCUGUUUGAUCGAAGCAGGAAAACGAGGAUCAACUUGACCUGAACCAAGUUCACCGUUUGUCUGUAAAAGCCGUUCAUUUGAAGCGACUUCUGUGCGUUUGGCCUUGCUGGUUAGUUUUCCCGGUUUGAUCGUGGAUUACACGGGUACUCCCGUGGGGAUGGUCGGUCUAUUGUGCUUCUCCGACCUGGGAGCCACACUGUGGACUUUACUCCAUUCAGAUGCCAAGUAAACCUGAAGAGGAGAUGAAAGCCGCGUCCUGUCACCUCAUCGCCUUCUGCCUGUGCCUGUUACGCACCGCUGCUGAGGAGUCUCCACUACCCCGGGAGCUGCUCGAGCGGCUCUCCCGCAGCGAGAUCCACAGCAUCCGCGACCUGCAGCGGCUGCUCGAGAUAGACUCCGUAGAUAAUGAAGCGAUGGAGGAGACCAAACACAGUCACCAGAAGGACUUGUCUCACAGCUUCCAUGACCGAAAGAGUUCACUGCAAGCACACACCAGGCACAAGAGGAGCAUUGUGGUGGAGGAGGCGGUGCCGGCCCUGUGCAAGGUGAGGACGGUGAUCUACGACAUCCCCCGGGCCCAGGUGGACGCGUCCUCGGCCAACUUCAUCGUGUGGCCCUCCUGCGUGGAGCUGCGCCGCUGCUCCGGCUGCUGCAACACGGGCAACCUUUGCUGCCAGCCCUCCCGCGUCCACCACCGCACCGUCAAGGUGGCCAAGGUGGAGUACGUCCGGCGCCGGCCCAAGUUGCGGGAGGUGCAGAUCAGGCUGGAGGAACACCUCGAAUGCACCUGCACCCACAGACCGCCCAACGGCCCGCACACACGCUCAGACAAUGGCAUCCGGUAAGGAACGGAUGGACAGACGCCGAGGAGCAAAAGAAGAAGAUGGAGGAAUGAAAGAGAUUAAACUGUGUUUUGAGAGGAAGACAUCCGCGGCCUGGUCAGAGCGUCUGCUGUUACAUUCCUGUGGUGCUCGAGUCAUCAUCGCUGACAUUCCCGGGUCACGUCAGGGUGGAGGAGAUGAGGCCAUGUAGAGCAGGUCAGAGGAUCAGGACAGAGGAAGAGAAAGAGGCCAUCUUGGAUCAAAUGCAGGGAAUCCCCCACCAGCGGGUGACUCGUAGUAAGGUUGAGUGAACAGGCAGCGCAUCCAAACCAAAUCAUAAAAAAGCCAUUGCCUUGCCACGGCUUCGAUGACUCAUUGGGGGGUUGGGGGGAAACAACCUUUUUUAAUUUUGUGCGAAAUUGAAUGGUGAAAAUGGUGAAACGAGUUUGGCUUACAGGGUUACAAGUCUUAUCUUUGACUUAUGUGUGCGACCCACUCAGUGAACCGGGAUUAAAAGCCUCUAAGAAGCCCCCCGGAUGUUCCAGAAGAUUCUGUCUGCGGACAAUGGCUUGGAGUACAUUUCACAUUCAAAGACUUUCGCCGCUACCAAAAGACACACAUCCACGGAGAGACACACACAGACACAUCCAUGUCAACCACACACGAAAAAGCACGCAUACACACAAACAUGCUGUAAAUAUUCUAUAUUUUUAUAACCUUUAAUUUUGCUAUGAAUCUUAUUUUCCACUCUGGCCAUGUUAUCUGCAUACAAGCUGGAUAGUUAUCCUCUGUACAUGUUAUGAUACUAAUAAACUAUUUAUAUAAUU